GCUUUUUGCACCAAAGCAACAAACAUUUACACACAAACACAACACACCUUGCAAUCCUAACGACUCCCUGAAUUAUUUCUCACCUUUAUCAGCAAAUCUCUUUCAUUAUUAUGGGCGCAUCUUGCGCAUCGAUUCCCGUCGACUGCCGCAUGUGCUGAAUAAGAAACCAUGAGCCAGUCCUACUUCCCCGACGAAGGCUCCUCCUCCUGGCGCCACAGUCCCCAAGACCACGGUGAUGCGUCAGACCACGCCGACCUCGACCUCGAAAUGGACUCACCUGCGCCCAUCCGCCCUCCUUCCUACCGACCAGAGUACAUGACCGUGGGGACCGGAGGACAACCGUCUCAUGCAGCCGCGUUGAUGGAGCAAUUGGAACGAGAUUCAGGUUAUGGCAGUAUGCCAGGUGACGUACAGCAGCGUGGUGGCGAGAUGAGGUCUUGGGAGGACGAACUGUUGCGAGAUAGACCUACGCCUGCACACACCCCCCAAGUCGACGGCCAACCUGCGAAGAUGUCCGAGAACGAGAAACGAGCCCUUGCCAGCCAUGUUCAUCAACUCCAUUACAAUCAGAACCGAGUGGCGCUCGCCAAAGCCAUCAGCCAGACCGUCGAAUUGCUGAAGCAAUUACAGGAUAUGAACACGCAAUGGCCAGCGCAUUACCCUUCAGUGCAAAGAUCUGAAGACGAUAGACACCCACAGAGACCGGCUUUGACGCAGGCUCAGUCGCAUCGAGACGAUGCCGAUCUAUCGAGAGAAAUCUUCCUCAAGAAUCGUCCUGGAGCACUCAGGCGAGCAGGUACAUCGAUCGGCGAGGACACGACCGGCGAGUCGAGUUCACAGGCACAGCAGAGAAGGACACCUGAGCCCCGAUUAAUCACGCCACAGAUUGCACAAGAGUUCUCCAUCCUCAAGUUGGAUCUAAAGGUUGGCGCACUGUCGCAGACUGAGUUGGUCCAUUCGCUGGAAAAGAAGUCGAUCGCUUCUCUGCUGGACGGGAAGAUCAGCCAAAGUGUUCGCCACCUGCUCGCUCUUCGCGAUCGGAUAGAGGAUACUUCGAGCAAGGUGUUGGUGACGGGUGAUCUCAAUGCCGGCAAGUCAACAUUCUGCAACGCACUAUUACGGCGGAAGAUCCUCCCAGAAGAUCAGCAGCCUUGCACCAGCAUCUUCUGUGAAGUCUUGGAUGCAAAGGAAAAUGGUGGACUUGAAGAAGUCCAUGCCGUCCACAAGGAUUCAAUAUACAAUCGAAACGAUGAGAGCACAUACGACGCCUACUCAUUGCAAGAAUUGGAGAAGAUCGUUGUGGACAAUGAUCGGUACAUGCAGUGUAAGGUCUACGUCAGGGAUAUACGGACAAUUGAUCAAUCACUGCUCAACAACGGUGUCGUCGAUAUCGCCCUGAUAGAUGCACCAGGUCUGAAUUCAGACUCGGUCAAGACGACAGCUGUCUUUGCUCGUCAAGAAGAAAUCGAUGUUGUUGUGUUUGUGGUCUCGGCGGCGAACCACUUCACGUUAUCUGCUAAAGAGUUUAUAUGGCAAGCUGCUCACGAGAAGGCAUAUAUCUUCAUGGUGGUCAAUGGAUUCGACAACAUCAGAGAUAAAGAGCGAUGUCAAAAGAUGAUUCUCGACCAACUUGCCAAACUCAGUCCGCAGACAUUCAAGGAGGCACAAGAACUAGUCCAUUUCGUGUCCAGCAAUGCCAUUCCAACACAGCCUGCAUUGCCGCCCAGUGCGGGUGAUGACAGUGGAAGCGGGUCUGGACGUUCAAAUCCUCCGGAUGGCGACGAUGGAGAUGACGAUUCUGGAAAGGGUAAAGGGAAGGACAAAGAAAAGAUGCAAGAUUUCGAGGUUUUGGAAGGUGCCCUUCGCAGGUUCGUUCUAGAGAAACGAGCACGGUCGAAAUUGGCGCCGGCCAAAACCUACUUGAUGAACUGCUUGGGCGAUAUGAACGUUUUGGCAACAGUCAACCGAGAUGUCGCACAAGCUGAACUCGAAAGAGUCUCCAAGGCGCUCGCUGAAAUCGAACCCGAAUUUGAGGACAAACAGAAGCACCGGACUGUAAUUUCCGAACAGAUUGAGAAAGACAUUGAUUCCACAGCAUCGGAUGUCUACAACCACACAAGGUCGAGCUUGUCAAGUACAAUCGCGAAUGUCGGUAAGGAGAACCAUGGUAUCGAGUACCCUGGUCUGUUAUCAGCCUUCCAAUAUGCGGAAGAUCUACGAGUUGCCAUGCUCGACCAAAUCUCUGCGGCGGUCACCAACUGCGAGUCCUACGGUCGAGCCAAAACAGUAGAGGGCGUCAGCAUGAUCAAGUCUCUGGGGCUGUUGCACGUCGGUGAAGGCUAUGAAAAUCUCAGUUUCCAAGCAGACAAGAUGUUCCAACGACGGAAAGACGCCCUCGUGCGAUCGGUGGACACGGAUGUGGAGAUCUGGGACUUUUUCGACAUCGCUGGUCUUUGGGAGCGACAGGAGAAGACCGUCGGGACUGGUCUCGCCCUGACAGUCAUGGGCACUGUCGGUUCUAGGGCUAUUGGUGGCGUUGGUUGGGUUGAUGGUGCCUUUGGUGCAGCAAAGAUUCUCGGCAGUCAGAACUUGCGGAGGUUGUUUGUUCCAGGUGUGGUUGCUGCUGCUAUCCUCACCGUGGCCUAUGUCCUGUCCAACAUCCCUCAGGCACUUCCUCCACGACUAGCAUCGAAACUUUCCGCCACUUUAGCCGAGAUGGACUAUACCCACAGUAAUGCCAACCGCAUCGCCGCCGAGGUGAGACGUGUUCUUCGUUAUCCAGCACAACGACUCACGACCGACCUUGCUCAAGGGGUAGAGGAGCUCAGACAGAAGAAGGAAGACGUCACCAAGACGAAGCGUGAAAGCGAGGUGGCCAGAAAGUACUUUGGAAACCUCGUGCGGGAUUCUUCGGAAACCCGACGACGGGUGUCUUCAAUUGACCUGGAAGGGAUACCGGGCGCUGUGGGCGCGUAUGCUUGAUUUUGACGGAGUAACAAGGACCGCAACAACAACAACGAGGAAAAUGAACCUGCAUGAUACCGCUUCUGUCCAGUUGGACUGGUUGUAUAUUCUCCACUUGCCCACACAUAGCAAUAUACCUAAGUAGCCUCUAUUCAUGAAUGAUUAGCGAAUGUAAUAUGAAGUUUGUGUCA